UAUGAUCUUUUUCUUAAGGUCUCAUCGAAGAGGGAAGUUGUCAAAGCUCUAAUUCAACGAGGAUUUUCUAAUGAUGUCGCGCAGUGGGUAGUCACUAACCUACAACCAACCAGUCCUUUUGGCUCACGAAUGUCAAGCUUCUCGUGGAUGUUUGACCUAAAGGCGAUUGCUGAAAUGUAUCAGUCAUAUGAAGAAACAAAUUUGUGGAAAAUUGUUGAAAAUGUUCCUCGUGGUGUGCAUAUGAACUUUCUGAAAGCAGAGAGAAGUCUACACAGAUGGGCUCUUGAAGAUCUUGAACGAAUCCAUGCUGCUGAGGAGCUGGCUGCCGAGGAAGGUGGUGGAGUUGAAAUGCAUGUUCUUGAAGAUGCUGGCCACUGGGUACAUGCAGAUAACCCAGAUGGACUCUUCAGGAUCCUAUAUUCGUCUUUUCAGGGAGUCAAGACCUAAACUUGCAAAUAUGUACACUUUCUCACGUAGCGCUUUUCUUUUUGUUUUGGGUAUUGAGGGCUGGUUCGUAAUGAACCGGUCAUGUUAUUUCUUGUUAAUUUCUCAUUCUAUUGUUUUUGCAUGUAAUUUUUUUCUUCCACAUUGCACAUGCACUUCAUUAUAUUUUCCUCAUGGAAACAUCACCCGUCACAGAUAGUUAAAAAGUUGGGUUAAAGAGCAUUGUCUCUCCUCAACUAUUUCACAACGAGAACUCAAUAUCUGAAACUGUUUUGAGUAGUGUUUUUUGUUGGUGUUAAAGUUGUUGCAAUGCUGAGUAUUGGCCGGUGGAUAUUAA